AUGGAUAAUACCAGACUAAAGAGAGAUCAGUUCCGAUUAACUCUGCACUCACAAUAGCGUUUGAACUAGUUUCAGGAGAAUAGAAAAAGAUUUUUGCAGAUUUAUAUGGAAGAAUAAUAAAUUAAUGAAUUAAAAUUGAAAGUCAAGGUAGCAAUCCAAUAGCUGAAUGAUAAUUUAAAUGAUUUUGAUUUCGAUUGCCCUAGAUGUGAAUUAAAACAUUAUACGAGUUAAAUAAUGUAAAUAUUGCCAGAAAUGAAAAAAUGUAUUGAAAAUUUAGCCAAACCUGACUUUGAGGGAUUGAGCAAUAAGUUUUGGAACAUCUAUUGUUUUAUGUUAUUUAACAAAGAUAAUCCAUGUUUUGUAGAAAUGCUAGAAUUGCUUACUUUGUGUUGUUAAAAAAGCAUGGUAUUUUGCGACACUUAUUGUAAAUCUACUUUAUACAGUAAUCUUUAAGCCAACGCAAUUUAAUUUCCUAUUGAAUAUCAAUUGGAAUUUCUAAAAUAAACAGUCUUAAUUUAAUCUCAUUAAGAACAUCAAUUAUAAUAUGAUAAAUUAUGUGAGAUGAUUAAAUAAAUGAAUGGGCAACUCCAAUAGCAAAAGGCUUUGGAACAUCAACACAAACAAAUUAUUUAGAUCAUCAUAGAGAUAUUUUUAAAUUUAAAAAUGGAACAAGUUCAUAAGGUCUCACUGCAAUACCAGAUAAAUAGAUAUUUUUUAACUUUAUUUACUUCUCUCUCAACUUUGGAGGAGAUCCUUAUCGGAAAUGAAUUGCUAAAUUACAUUGAAUACUUAAACAGAAAUCAAUCCUUAUUCAACGUGUCCACCAUCGAAUUAAUCAAUUAAUUAUCGUUUAAUUCUCAACUGAGUUCUUAUCCUGAUGAAAAAUCUAUGGCCAUCGCUAUCAUUGGAGUGUUAAUGUCUGGCAAUUUAACAUAAUCGAAAUACUAUUUCAAUAAGUUUAGCACUGAAAAUUUGUCUCUAGAUUAAAAAUUACUCUAAAACCUAAAACUAUAGUAACCCCAAGUCAGAAAAAUGACAGUAUUUGCUUUUUCAAAUAUCUUUGGAGAAACCUCUUAUGAUAGAGUAGAUUAUUUUUCAAAUGGAACUGUCAUUUAAUUCUUAUAAUUUGCAAGACAAGAAACUGAAAUCGAAGUUAUUUUAGAAAUUUUACAAGCCUUGAGAAAUUUAGUCUAUCAUGCUGAAGACAAUUACCUCCCUAUUUUACUAGAGUAAGAUAUUGUUUCCAUUAUUGUCGACAAUGAUAACUACAUAUUGAAUGUAUAAUAAGUUGAAUGUUUAUUGAUGCUAAUCAAUAGAUUUGAAGAUUAUGAUUAAUAGGCGUUGUAGAAGUUGGUAUAAUUCCCUAAUUUUAUACAAUACUUGUGUUACAAAGGGGUGGGAAAUUUCGUAAGAAGAGUCUUUGAUAAUUCUAAAUUUGGGAACACGAUGGAUAUAUAACAAGGAAAGAAAAAUAAUGAUGGGUAGAAAGACGAAUACUAAAUCAACCUUCUAAAAUUGUGUGAAAUUUUUUAUUGA